AUGCGCCAUGCUCCUAACAUGCCGCCUAUAAUCUGCAGUGGCACUGAGAAAUGCGCACACUACGAGACCAAAUUCUGCUCCAACUGUCCUGAAGCCUCAAGAGAAGGACAUAACGCAUUUGACGCUGCGUGCCCAACCAAGAAGGCCUACUUAGAGCAAAUCUCAUUCCAAAGCGAACAAUACCGCGCAAGACUAUACGGAAUUCCAUUCAGCGGACAAUCCUAUGUCCAAGGUCGCAGCGGCUCCGACAAUCAAGGUACACUUGAAACAAUCUCAUACAACAUGAACAAAUCAGGACCAGUUUUCGACUCCUUUUUCAAUAACCCUCUCACUCUCAAAGUACCAUUAAUCUUUAUUCAAGAACCACCGACCAUACCCCGCUCUCAAACUCAAAUAAGACAAAGAUCCGGUUUCAGAAUCUUAUACCCCACCACCACAACUUCUGAACGCCCCUUCUCCUGCAUCUUCAUCCAAGACGCCUUCGCCGAAAAGGUGUUUUCCAUGGCAGCCAUCGAAAUCCCUACCCCAAACAUCACUGGCAUACGCAUACAGAUGCGAGAAGAUUCAGUUCCGAUCAACUUCAUCAAUGUGUACAACCGGGUAGAAACGCAACAUCUCAAUCUCUCGAUCCUCCACGACCUCAUCCAACAACUCGCCAACCAGCCCACACACCUCCUCGGCGAUUUCAAUCUACACCACCCUGCUUGGAAUCCGUCAGACUGGGAGGACAGCCCCCACCAAGAUGCAGACAACCUCGUUUGCGCACUCCACCAACUUUCCUUCUCACUCGUGAGCCCAGCUGGGGUACCCACUCGCUAUCAAUCACAUCAACGACCGACAGUCAUAGAUCUAUAUUGGCUCAGCUCUUCGGUAGAACACUUCGACACGGCACUGUGCUCAGUAGACGAUGAGAUAGAUACCACGUCUGACCAUCGUCCUUUACACUUGGAAAUCAAGCUCGACUGUGGUAACGUAGACCCACCCAAAAGAUGGAACUACAAGAAGACGGACUGGAACAAAGGACGACAAAAGCUGGAAACGCUAUUAAACAAUAUAGACUACGGUGAACUGGAUUGCACCCAGGACAUAGAGGAGCUAGCAACACAUCUCACUGACAGCAUCUCCAACGCCAUCACAUCCUGCACUCCCGAACUCAAGAUCACUCCAAAGUCAAAGCCAUGGUGGACGCCACGGUGCAACGAACUCCGAGACCGAAAAAAGGAGCUGACGAAGAUCAGUCGAAGAACACGCGCACCACAAGACCUAAGAGCGUCAUCGAUUGCCCUAGGAUUAUAUCAACGCGAAAUUAGAGUUGCCAAGGCAACAUGCUGGAACUCCUUCUUGGCCAACAUUCCUACAAACGAAAUCCACAAAGUUACGCGCUACGUCAAGAAUAAUAGUGCCCCAAUGCCAUUCAUCCCCCCGCUCACUAAAAACGACGGAACCCACACUUCCAGCCCAGCUGAGCAAGCCCAAGUCCUCUUUGAUGCAUUACUAAAAGGAGAACAAACCGCAGAAGAAAGAAAUUCCCAAGAGCGAACGCCUGCACAACAUAUUGGCUGGGAUAAUUCUUUUCCAGAGAUCACCUCACAAGAAGUCGACAGAGCCUUAAACAAACUGAAAAUCGGCAAGGCAGCCGGACCAGAUGGUAUCCCAGUGCUAGCUCUGAAAGAAUUUUGGGCAAUCAUUAGAGCACCAUUCACAGAGCUGGCAAGAGCUACUCUACAAUACGGAUACUUCCCCGAUUGCUUCAAAACAGCGGUAUGCAUCGUCAUUCCGAAACCUCACAAGAAAUCAUACAAAGAUGCAGAGAGCUACCGGCCUAUCGCCCUACUAAAUCACAUCUCCAAAGCUAUCGAAGUCAUCGUCACUAAUCGAUUACAAUACGAAAUGGACACCCGCAAACUCAUUCCAGAGAGACACUUCGGAUGUCGAAAAGGCACAGGCACCGACGAUGCACUCCUAUACGUCACAGAAUUCAUUAGAGACUCAUGGCAUCGAAAGGAAGUAGUAGCAGCACUGGCGCUGGAUGCACAAGGAGCGUUCAACAAUGUGGUGCAUGAGAUCUUACUAGACGACUGUCGCAGAGCACAAAUACCAGAAUACCUCGUCCGUUGGAUCGGCAGCUUUUUGAGGGAUCGAAAGGUCUCUUUCAAAUUUUCAAACUUCUCUUCACAGACCUUCAGACUUACGCAAGGCUCACCACAAGGCUCACCAAUCAGUGGACCACUGUAUCUCAUAUACAAUACAGCGCUGUUGCGUCGAUGGGACACGGGAAACACGCUAGCAAGCCAACUUGCCAAAGUUGGUUACGCUGACGACGUGAUCUGGCUGGCAGCAGCAAAAUCAGCAGACCGAGCCCGGAGUGCCCUCGAACGAGAGCUACCAGGCGCCAACGAAUGGUCAUCAACACAUCGCACACCGCUCGAUCUAGCAAAGACUCAAUAUAUCCUGUUUGCUCCUAGAUCUAAACCAAAUAGGGACGUCGAAACACCACUGCAAUGGGACGGAAGGAAUAUCAACAGCGCGAAAGUGAUCAAAUACCUGGGUGUGAUGCUGGACAGCAAACUAGACUUUAAAGAGCAGUUAACAGUGAUGAUCCGUCGAGGUUAUGCUGCAGCUGCUUCCAUCGGACGCCUAGCCAACACAAGAAGAGGAAUAUCAACGAAGCAAUUCCUGAUGCUGUUUAAAACACACAAAAGGCAAAACCGCCAAAUCAAAGUGCAUCCGUACGCUAGAGCUGCUUCAAAACCAGAUGCUGCGCAAAGCAUUGGGAGCGGUACGCACAACUCCGAUCGGCAUGCUCCACUUCGAAUCAGCCAUGCUAUCUCCGGCGGAGAGAAUUCGUCUGCGACUUGCGAGAUACGCACUGCGACAAUUCACGAAGCCAGCGGGAAACAUGAUGAGGCAGAUAGUCGAGCGCUCUUUUGGAGGCCCGCGACCGCGACACAAAUCACCAAUGGAUGCAUGCUGCGAACAUGA